AUGGAUUUAACUUCCAUUUCCUCAAGAAUGCCUAGAACUACUACUGUUCUGUUUUUUCUGUAUAUUAAUCUACUAGUCAAUACUGGUGUUGCAACCUUCACGAUGCCUGCAAACGUGACGGUUCCAGCGUUCAUAGCAUUUGGAGACUCGAUGUUGGAUCAAGGAAAUAACAACUACAUUCCGACGUUUAUUAGAGCCAACUUCCCUCCAUAUGGGAUGAGUUUUUUGGGUGCAAAAGCAACAGGAAGGUUCACCAACGCUAAGACGCCCGUUGACUUGAUAGCUGAGAAAUUAUUAGUUAAGGAGUAUGUACCACCAUAUCUAGAUCCAUUUAUCGAUGACGAAGAUAUGAUCACUGGUGUAAGUUUUGCAUCAGCAGCCACAGGAUUUGAUCCCCUAACAUCUACCAUAAAUAUGGCUUUACCAAUGGUGGAUCAGCUGCAAAUGUUCGCAAACUACAUUAGAAAACUUCAAGUAUUGGUCGGUAAAGAAGGAACCGAAAACAUACUAAAUAACAGCUUGUUCUUGGUGGCUUCUGGAAGUGAUGAUUUCGUCCUUAACUACUUCUCGCCCUACCCGAUGAGAAAAGUUCAAUAUGACAUACCCACUUAUGCUGAUUUUCUUGUAUCGAAAGCUUCAUCAUUUGUACAGGGGCUACACAGACUUGGAGCACGAAGAGUAGCUGUUCUUAGUUUACCGCCGAUUGGGUGUAUGCCUACUUCUAGAACUUUUGGUGGUGGUGGGGAAAACAGAUCAUGUUCAAGACUUUAUAACGAAGCCGCUGAGCACACUAACGAGAAACUAUCAGCUGAGUUCGAGUCCCUUAGGUCCAGAGAUCCUCCAGUCAAAGUCAUUUUUGCUGAUAUUUACAACCCUGUAAUGGACAUGGUCCAUAAUCCACAAUCCUAUGGGUUCGAGAUUGUAGACAGAGGUUGCUGUGGUACUGGAAUGGUAGAGUGUAGUUGGAUGUGUAAUGAAUUUGCCCACACAUGCUCGGACAUCUCUAAGUAUCUUUUCUGGGAUAGUUUUCAUCCCACGGAAAAAGGUUAUAGCAUCAUUGUGGAAAAUGUACUCGAAAGAUAUGUUCAGAAUGCACUCCAGCUUUGGACUAGGUGACCCGACUUGAACACCCAGCCCCAAAG